UGAGAAAGGAAAUCCUUGGCACUGAGUAUGAAUGCAGCAACAGCAACAGCAACAACAGCAGCUGACAACCGACAACAACUUUUUCCCUUCGAAUUGCGACGAAAUUUGUCGCACGGAGAAUGGCAACUUUGACUGAUGUCCAGCACAACCGGCGAAGGGAGAGGUCAUUCGCUGGCAAGCCAAGACCUGUCAAGAGUGGCAUUGCAUUGGCCAGAGUCAAACCAGUCUCGCAUCGCUCAGAAGUACUCUUAGAUGAUCAGAUUUCCCUGGUAACCCAAACCCAAGAUGAGUUGGAGCGAGCCAUGGUGUGUCUGACCAAUGCCAGGAAUGACCUGGAGCUGACCCAGUGGAGGUCAGAGGUCGGUAACCUUAAGGCCAAGUGCGACGAGAUGAUACUCAUACUCACGGUGGUAUCCAAGUUGAAGGCGGAGCUUAUGUAUGCCAAGGAGGAGCUGGAGAAGGCGGGGAAGGAAGGAGGCGACAUCCGGGAGCCCAGAAGACGAGUGGUGAUGCUGGAAGAUAGGAUGGAGAAUCUACUCAGCAGAUAUCGCAAGAUGCCCAGAAAAGUGCAGCCGUCUGCUGACAUUGAAAAGAAUGACCAGCCCCAGCCAACUGAUCAACAGGACGCUCACAUUGACAGCACAAACAAAACAGAACCCCUCCCUUCAGAGGUAGAAAAACCACCCCCGGAAAAUGAGCAGAUCCAGGAAGACGGUGGAGGGGAUAGGAGGGAAGUGCCUAAACCAGAACGUUCCAUUCUGAAGCAGGGGGUUUUAGGCAGCAGGGGAGCUGGUGAUGGCACAGCGACACCCUCUGAGAAACGUGGGAGCGAACGGAGGCUGUCGUUUGGGCAAGUUACUCCCACUGGGUCAAGACAAAUCCUUGAAAUGGGCCCAACUGCUUCUGGAAGUGAGGGAGUGGAUUCAGGAGACAGUGAUGAUGAUGACGAUGAGGAUGACGAUGAAAGCUUUGAAGAUGGUAAUCAAGACACCAAUGUCUUCAUCACAGAAGGAUCCCUGUCAGCACUGGACGGACCCUAUCAUCAGCUGCUGGCUCCUAUAAACCAAGAUGAAGCAGACGGUGAUGGUGAUGAUGGCAGAGAUUUAGCUGCAGAGUAUUGGAUGUCGCCCCACCACAGGUUUGAGUACAGUGAACAACGAGAUGUGAUCACUCGAGAAAAUCCUCUGUCUUAUCAUAACCUAGGCUUAGCCGUCCAGUCUUCCUUCAUUGAACCAGGAAAGAAACUCUCCCCUAAGCGAUCCCAAAGCCAGCCAGCGAUGUUCCUGAAUAGUACUCCGCCUGCAGUUGAAGAGCUUCCAUGGAGGCCGCGCAGACGAGGCAGCGAUCUACCUGACGUGCAUCUUCAACGCCAUGCCGACUACAGUCCACCACAGAAAAUUGCCCUGGACAAAUUGUCGGAGCGGAUCCACAAGAUCUGGAACAAGAUGGAGGACGCCACAAGGAAAUCUAUCGACUGCAGUAACAGUCAGAUCAGUGAGCAGAAAGGAUCUAUCAUCAGACACGUCGAAAGUCGCCUGAGUGAAGACUCGGCAAGCUCUUUUCUGAAGAGCGACUCACUCAAGACAAGCAGGUCCUCUGCCCGGGGGUUUGGCAAGGGUCCUGCACCCCCAUCUGACAAGGCCUCAGGGGAGAGUGUUGAGGUACCCAAGGGGCGUGGCAGAGUGCUUCCAGGAGGGCCUAUGAUGGUGUACCAUCCACGCCCGGUGCCUGAACCAGAGAUGCUACCACUCACAAGAACGAAUCCAUCCAAGAAGUUCCCUCGAAUAUCGAGCGACUGGAACGACACGCGCCAAGAGUCCAUGGAUCCAACGCUGCGAUUGGUCAAUCAGAUGAACGUCGCCAAGGAAACCAACUUGUUGGUGUACAAGAGCAAAGAUAAGAAACGGAAGAAUCUGACCAUGUCUGCAGCGGCCAGACAGCAGGAGGAUACUGUCAGAAGGAGAUGGAAGAUAGCUUCCAACCCAGCAAUCACGGUAGCAGCAGCUGUUGCUCACGUCAACACAAGGAGAAAACUCAGCACCCUCAACUUAGAUAAAGACAGCCUCAAAUGGAAGAGAAUAUUGGAUAUUUUGCAAAGGCUAUCGUCAGAACGGGUGGAUGAACGGAGAGAUGCUGCCAUGCAUCUUGGCUCAUUGGACUGCAGCCAGAGAGAGGUCUUAUCAGCCCUCAUGAAAGUGGUUCAAAACGACUCGGAUUCGCGGGUCCGUUACGAGGCGGCCAAGUCCAUGGUAUCUCUUGGAUACUGGAGUGAGCAUGCGCUGGAAGUUAUCGUCCAGCACAUGGAGGAAGGGAACUGGGAUGUGCGGUCAGAUCUGGUCAAGACCCUGAUCAAUGCCAGGCACAUACAGCUGGCUAACAAGAAAAGCCCCCACACCAAGAAGCUGAUCUCAAUCCUGAGGGAUAUCUGUGGUUCCAAGGAUUCAGGAGACCUAGGCUUUGACUGCGCGGUCUGCCUGGGCUGCUUUGGUGUCGCGGACGCUGGCGCUAAGAAGAAGCUCAAGGGAAGCUUGACCAGCAAAGACACUAAUGUCAUAUCAAGGUCUCUAGAGAUCCUCGUCAGACAGAUGGAUGCCAGGGAACCCGACGUUAUCAAGAUGGUCCUACAUCAAAUGCAGUACUCCAAGUCCUGGAAGCAUAGGGCGGCUGCAGCCAGACUACUGGUCCUUAUUGGAACCAAGAGCAUGAAGACAGAUGAAGAUGUACAGAUGGUGUUCAGUAUCCUAGAGAGAAGACUGUAUGAUGAUCCUAGUAGGGAGGUGCGCAGCGAGAUAGCCACUACACUGACAUCCCUGGAUCUGAGAGAACUAGCCGCAGAUCUUGUGGAGAAGAGGUUAGAAGAUGAUGAUGAUGAUCACAGAGCACAUGCAGUCAUAGCAGUGGGCGUCUUGGGCAUGAAGGCAGAUAAGAUCAUCCGGACCCUGCUGGAGAUGCUGGAGCUUGACUCCUGUGACUACGUUCGCCUGCAGAUCAUCAGGACUUUCGCAAGCCUGGGCCUCACUAACAUCAAGAUCAUGAGAGCGCUGAAGGAAAGGGAGAGAUCCGAGGGACCGCUGGCAAGGGAAGCUGCUAAAUCGUUAAGAAUCCUGAAUGACCUGAAAGCUUCUCAGGGCUCACGGAGUGCCACCCGCACCCCUGAUCGACUGAAAAGCUCCUCUAAAUGAUCACAUGGAUCUGGACAAGGAGGUGGGCCAGCAAGGGGCUGUGAAGUCACGUUCAGAACAGUGGUAAUGUGGUAUGGUUUAAAGGGUCCCUGUGUGAUGUCCAGGGUCCCCAUGGGAUGCCCAGGUGCCCUGUUUUAUUCUCAGGAUCGCUGUGUAAUUUCCAGGAUCCCUCUUAAAUUCCUAGGGUCCCUGUGUGAUCUUCAGGGUCCCCGUAUGAUUCCCACAGUAACUGUGUAAUUCCCAGGGUCCCUGUAUGAUUGUCCCUUUAUGAUUCCCAGGGUAAUUAUGUAAUUCACAGGGUCCUUGUGCGAUUUCCAGGGGUUUCAUGUAACUCCAAGGGCCCCGGAUGACAUGGAUCUCCCAAAAUGCAGAAAAAGUUGUGGUUCAUUGUAGAUGGAAUUUUAUUAUAACUAGUGCAGAGCCCGUCGAAAAUGUGCAGUUCAGAAGGGGCAGUGCUCAUAUAAACAACGCACACGAUAUGUGUGUUGUUUUCACAGGUUGAAUGCACACUCAAAGGUUAAACACAGAAUUUGUACAUCCCCUGGCACUGAUAUUUACUCAUUCUGGACAAUUGUAUUGCCCUACAGUUAGGGUUGCUCAGUUGACUGCUUCUACAGCGAUGGUU